CACCUCUACAGAACAACACAACAUUUUAUAUAAAAUUAGCAUUUUACUUAGCAUAGUACAUUUAAAAGAGCAAUAAGAGUUGCUGUGCAUGGGUUACCCAUAAAACACUGAAGGAAGUGAUGGUUACUCAAUUUGUGUUUUUAUUUUGAAGGGCCCCACCGGAUGUCCGGGUUUAUUCUUUCCGGCUUGACUCGUUAAAACUCGGCUCUUCUCGUGUUUGCAGGCACAGUGGAGCUGAGAUCAUCCAGCUGGUCGUGUUUGGAAGAAGCUGCAGCUCCUCUCUGACUCUGUUUCUGACUGAAGAACAUCUGAGAACAUUUACACUCAAAGCUGCAGAGACCUUCCUGCCUCCUUGGACCCUCCUGCAAAAGCUGUUUUUUACCUUCGGAUGUCUGCUGGUGCAGCCUGAGGAUGGAGAAGUACGAGAAGAUUGCAAAGAUCGGAGAGGGCUCCUAUGGUGUCGUCUUCAAGUGCAGAAACAAAGACACGGGGCAGAUCGUCGCCAUCAAGAAGUUUGUGGAGUCGGAGGACGACCCCAUCAUCAAGAAGAUCGCUCUGAGGGAGAUCAGGAUGCUCAAGCAACUGAAACACGCCAACCUGGUGAAUCUGAUCGAGGUGUUUCGGCGUAAAAGGAAGCUUCACCUCGUGUUUGAAUACUGCGACCACACGGUCCUCAACGAGCUGGACCGUCAUCCCAGAGGAGUUCCAGAGCAUCUUGUAAAAAGUAUAACCUGGCAGACACUUCAAGCUGUCAACUUCUGUCACAAACAAAAUUGCAUUCACCGAGACGUCAAACCGGAAAAUAUCCUCAUCACCAAACACCAAGUCAUCAAACUCUGUGACUUUGGCUUUGCCAGGAUUCUCACUGGACCAUGUGACUACUACACCGACUACGUGGCGACUCGUUGGUACCGGGCCCCCGAGCUGCUGGUGGGAGACACUCAGUACGGCCCUCCGGUGGACGUCUGGGCCAUCGGUUGUGUGUUCGCCGAGCUACUGUCGGGGAUCCCUCUGUGGCCCGGGAAGUCUGACAUGGACCAGCUGUACCUGAUCAGAAAGACUCUCGGAGAUCUGAUCCCUCGACACCAGCAGGUCUUCAGCAACAACCAGUUCUUUUGUGGAGUUUCCAUCCCAGAGCCGCAAGAGAUGGAAACUUUGGAGCAGAAAUAUCCAAAUCUCUCACAUCAGGCUAUGAGUCUCAUGAAGGGUUGUCUGAGGAUGGACCCGUCCGAGCGGCUGACCUGUGAGCAGCUCCUCCAACAUCCGUACUUCGACAGCCUGCGAGAAAAGAGCGAGAGCACCUCGAGAGAGCAGGACCGCUCCAGCAACAAGAGGACACGGUUACCUCGCAAACACCUUCCUCCUGGGUAUUUGCCACAGCUGACCGGCAGCAGCAUCUUCCCAGCGUUGGACAAUAAGAAGUACUACAACAACCUGCGCAAGUUCAACUAUCACCUCCCGAACAUCUGAGCCGAGUUAAACCUCAUCAACCGGCAGCUUCUCCUGAAACCUGCAGAUUCUGGUAGCACCUUGGUUUUUAAAGAGAGGGUUCAACCACUUUUUAAAGUUUUUGUUUAUCACAUGUCGGGUGUGUCUUGAUACUGAUGUCAGUCUAUGCACUAUUCCCCAACAUGUGGCCUCAACACGUGUUGGUUUAUGUAUGUUGCCGACGUUUCAAGCUGAUUUUGUAUAUACGUGUAAAAGACAAGGAGCGAUGUGCUGCUCUGCUCGUAGCCGCUGAGUAGACUGAAGGUAAAACUACGACGUACUGCCUUUCCUGGUUUGCCAAAUGUAUUUUUUAUACAACGAUGGACUCUUUUAAAAAGAGUGACAUGUUUUUUGGUAGUCUUCAGUAAGUUAUAAUGUAGGAGACUUUGACUCGUGAGCAUUUCUGAAACUAUUUAUUGACGUCAGGAGUGAAUAUUCCUUUAACCCACAUUUACUAGCGUUUAGCAGGAACAAUACACACAUUGUACUCAUUAUCUCUGGAAUUUUGGUGCUAAGGAUGUUCACAGCCAUCUGUCUGUCCUCAGAUAUUGUACAAAUGCCAAAUUAAUCUAAAGAGAAAUGAUUUAAAAGACUCUUGAAUCUUUUGAAUUUUCACAAAUUGUUUUUCUCUUUGUACCCACAUAUGGAGUAAACAUUAAUACGUUGAAUGUUGAGAAUAUAAUAAACUACAGAACAGUUCAAUCUUUCAAGAAAAA